GUCUGUCUUCUUUACCUGUAUUAAGAAACUUGGGCUUCAAACCGAACAAAACAAUUACUAUAACUAUUCUUGGUAUAUUAGAAGAACUAGACAAAACAAUUACUACAACUAUUCUUGGUAUGUUGAAAGAACUGAACAAAACAAUUACUACAACUAUCUUCAAUACAUUGAAAGAACCAGACAAAACAAUUACUACAACUAUCCUCA